AUGACGUAUACAGUUCACAGGGACACCCAAGCAACUCUGCAGAUCCUGGAUCGUGUCGAGCUGGACGCGGAGGACUUCAAAGAUGAAAAUUUAUACAAAAGAUUCGGCCUAGAAGAAGAGUACGCCUGUCACGAUCUGACAAUGUGGCAAAAAUAUCGCCCCAAAGUAUGGUCCCUCUUUGAAGUGCCCAGCUCCUCUAGCGGAGCUAAGGUGAGUUGA